AUUAAUUUAAUUUUGCUGAUUUUAUUGUAGAUACUGCAAUGGGCUAUAAACUUAACGCACAAAAGAACUACAAUGAUGAAUACGUUAAAGCUGUGGACAGAGUCGCAUCCAUUGUACAGAUGCGAUUCACAAACGUGUGGAUCUCGUCAGAUUCCAUUUUUAAACUGACCACAGUAGGCAAAGAGCACGACCACUUAAUUCGGGUGAUCCAGAAAUUAGUCGACAAGGUAAUUUUUUCUGGAGCUUGUCGUGAUCGAGCGUGGCAAGAUACUCUCGGUGGAUUGCCAUUACCGCCGAGAGGUGACGAUCGUAUAAAAACCGACCGGUCUUCGGUCGGAUUUGAACUCGGGUCUCAGGCUCUGCACUAGACCAGCGCACUUGUCUCUGCGCCACGAUCGCCACGAGGCGAAAUAAUAAUUAUCUCAAGUUAAAUGAGUCCGGACAGAUAA